CUUUGCUCGCUUUUGUCCCGGAAGGACAAGCCUUUUCAUCGUGUCAGUUGUCGUCACCCUUCGUGCCAAAACAACUUCUUUCUUGACCAGGCUGUAAAAUGGCUGGAACAGCUUUAAAAAGACUCAUGGCCGAAUACAAACAACUAACUCUCAACCCUCCAGAGGGGAUUGUGGCAGGGCCUGUAAAUGAAGAGAACUUCUUUGAAUGGGAGGCUUUGAUUAUGGGACCAGAGGACACAUGUUUUGAGGGCGGUGUGUUCCCUGCCAUCCUUAGUUUCCCCUCAGACUACCCCCUCAGCCCCCCCAAGAUGAGGUUUACCUGUGACAUGUUCCAUCCAAACAUCUAUCCAGAUGGACGUGUGUGUAUCUCAAUCCUGCAUGCACCCGGUGAUGACCCCAUGGGCUAUGAGAGCAGUGCUGAGAGGUGGAGUCCCGUGCAGAGCGUGGAGAAGAUCCUGCUGUCUGUGGUCAGCAUGCUUGCCGAGCCCAAUGAUGAGAGCGGAGCAAACGUGGACGCCUCUAAGAUGUGGCGUGAGGACAGAGAGCAGUUCAAUCGACUAGCUAAGCAGAUUGUGCGCAAAUCUCUGGGUCUCUGACUCUCUGUGUACAGACACACUCUCACACUCCAGGACAGUGAGGAUUGACGUUUGUGAGGAUACAAACUCCCAGCGGAAGAGUGAGUGUUGUAGUGUGCUACCCCCCCUACCUCCACCAGUGUGAGCACUUUAUUCCCAUCCAGGCUUUCAUACUCUCGUCCCAGUCUUGCCCUCUCCUGUGAUUGGGUGGAUGCGUGGACAAAUGGCUUUUGUUGAAUAAGGCAAAAUGGCAUGCGUUCACCGGACAGUGUUUAAUAGAGAGUCAAGCAUCAUUCUCUCAUCAAACGUUUUUCACAGCCAUUUUGGGCUGCCGGUUUGUCUGUCAUGCCUGUUACAUGUCUAUAGAUCCAUGAGAUACCCAGUGGAAUGCAGCUUUGGUUUGAUGACAGUAUGCUGAUGCAUGCUUUAAUGCCUCCUAAUAAAAUGCAUUGUGAGGAAAUCAUACGACGCAGUGACUAUCACAUCCACUUAUUUGUUUAUGAACAGAUUGUAUUACUGAUCUUUUAGGAAUGUGGGAAAAGAUCAUGUCUAUUGAUGGAGAUUUAAUAAAUGUUUUAAUUACAAACAUUUGAUUACAUUUAAUGUUGAAAUUUGGUAAUGCACAGAUAAGUCAGUGUUUUUGUCAAAUUUCACUCUUUGCAUUUAUUGAUGUUUUUAGAUUCUGCAGCAGCAAGCUGGAAUUGUCCAGCCUUCAGCAGAAAGACAGACCAAAAUAAUUGAUUUACACCAUCAUCACUUCAAUUAAGAAACGUUUCAUUUCUUUAUUUGGUAUUUUGCCUUUCAUUUGUUCUCAAGGAUUGUAUAGCCAAAUAAAAUCAAUAAGUGUUUGUGAUGUA